ACCUCAACCAAAACACCUGACCCGGUAUCGCAUCGGCGGCCGGGACAUCUCUCCUCUCCCCUAACGCUUUACAUGCCGCUACGACCGGCGAGCGCACGACGGUAGCAUGCUUCUUCACUGGUGCACGCUCGAGCCCGCGGGGUCGUCCAAUCUGGCUGCAAUACGCUUCACUUCUCCCGUCCGCAUACACUCCAUCUCGAUAUUCCCCACCGACGACAAGCCUUUUACUCAGGACCCGAAUAUAAUUAGUCGGACAGAGCCUGAGACGUUCUUCCUCGAACUCUACUUCAACGCACAACCCGUAGCCCAGCCCAAUGCAAAGGAGAGGCCGAAACCGAGCAAUGCGCUCAUUCCGACCAUUAUCGCCUAUGCGGGCGGGCGGAUGGAGUUUGCGGUGAAUAUGAGUCCAGAGCUCUCGACACGUCUCAUGAUCGUGAAAGGCGCGUUUGAAAGCGUGUCUAUGGCGAUAUACGGCGACGUUGUCAACGAGCUGCCCCCGCCAAAGACAACAUACGAACCCAGGUCUCUGCCCACGCUGGACAUGAUACCCCUUUCUCCUGCUCUUGACCCGGCCAAUGCACGCGACCCCACAACCCUGGCAUGUCAGUUGCUCGAUUUGAUACCCGAUGCUCCAUCUCUGCCACUAGUAAUUCGGCUCAUGUUUUGUCUCAAACCAUCUAAUGACGACUGGGAUUCACCCGACUUUCCUUACUUGUUUACUGACCUCAGCCAACUCCCGGACGACCCCACCAUAGAUGAAGUAUACAGGCUUACUUCGAGACCUGUACAUGACGACACUUCGUCGCAAGCAUUUGCUGACCUCGCUGAUAAAGUCAUACAAUGCCUAGGCCCCCCAGACUCCCAGUCGUACUACGUCGCUGGGCUUUUAAGUCAUGCAGCUUGCCAGCACCCUUCAAUGGCCACAGCUCUCAUCGAGAAUCUGGAUAUCAGUUAUAUCCUCGAGCCACCUACGUUGGAUGAGAGCACUCUCGAGUUGCUUCGGGACGCAGUAUCGAACCCUGACGUCGCCCGCAACUUCAACGAUCCGAACUUCAAGGAGUUUCUUACCUCAAUGUCACAGAAUGUGGCCUAUGACCGCCGCAUACGUACUCUGGUACAACAGCUACUUGAUCGGAUUGAGGGCAUGGCCGUUCUCGAGGAUGCGAUCUCCAAUACUCAAGGUGACUUCGUCGGCGCUGCUGCGGCCCUUAAGGACAUUGCUUGCCAAGAGAUGUCAACGGGCACACUGCUUGAGUCACUCGUCGCCCACCCAGACCUUGUCGACAAGCUAGCAGAGAACCCCGCCCUCGCAGGAUUCCCUCCGACUUUGUUUGUCAAGGGAAGCAUGCUGAUAUCCCACGAUGAGUUCAUCGCGUUUUUGAGAGCGUUCGUCGGGGUCGGAUGUGUCCUUGCCGUAUAUGCAUGGGCUGAUAGCCUGCCUGAUGAACGCUGCCGGGAACGGUGCCUGAGUAUUCUCCGUCUAUGGCAAGGUGUAGACGGCUAUCGCGAGAUACUCGACCACCUUUUAUUACUGCGGCAAAUGGUAUUCCGUCUGAACUGCAUGCUCGACGGCGAUGCGCCAACAAGGGCAGGCGUUGACUCCGAGACUAUAUUGCUCCAGCUUUGCAAAGCUCCUCGAGCGAUGUUACGCCCUGUCCUGAUAGAUUGCGUCCUCUCCCUGAAACCGCCUCACUGCGUCAUGACCUACGAGGACCAAGACUCUCUGCAACGGGCUGCAACGGUAGCGGACAGUGGACUCUACGGGGCGGUCGACUGUCUACUUCAGCCCAUGGAACGGCCACCUUCCUUCAGCUAUCUCCGUGCACUCAGGGUCGCAUUGGCGAUUGUGGACCAGGAACUCACAGACAAGGAUGAAUACGAAGUCUUACAAGAAUUCUGGAAGGAAAGCCCUUGCAGUCUCGAAACAUGCCUAGUGGACAUCUUCGUCGGCCUCAGCGAAGAGAUCUGCGGUCACUUCAGCGUCGACCCUCCCCCACUAUUAUCCUCUGAGGCGCUAGCACAUAUGUUCCGAGCUGCAACAGAAACCCUCGCGAUACUGGUCCGCUUGGCUCCAAACUACCCGCUGCCUGGACGCGUGCUCCGUGCCUUCACGGUCGCCGCCACUGACCUAUUUGUCUGCACCGAUCUUGCCGAUAUCUUUUUUUCCCAAAGCAGCCCUGCAUGUAUCGCCGCUCAACAAGUCAGACAAUCUUGUGUCGGCGUCAUACGGUCCCUCGCGGAAGUGCCGGAACCGCAAGCCGGGGCAAAGUCCCAUGCCCAAGCAGUCCUACGAACACUCCUCGAACACGGUUUGCAGAGCGGAUCUCACGAGCCUGCGCAUCACAUGCUGCAGGUGUUCUGUCUUAUCGACUACCUGCUUGACGUCCCCGACAGCGAGCAAGAUCCAGUCGCCUGGGGGCAGAGUGUGCUGCCGAACGUACUUCGCGAGCUCUGGGCGUUCUGCCGCGCUCUCGAUACCGAGAAUAAGGCGCAUUUCGUCCGCAGGCUCGUCGCUCUGGACAAGGGGAACGUCGGUAUCGGGGAUUGGAUUCUCCAGGAAGAACUCAAAGACUUGUUGCACUCCACCCGGUCGAUCCAAAAUCCCGGCGUUACCCAGCAACAAAUUCUCAUUAGGCAAAUGCAGAUAUCGCUGUCCCUGCGGUUCCUCCUGGAUCUUAUGGGUGGUACAUCCUCCGAAGCUUCGUGGUGUGUCACUAGCCUUGCGACGAGUACGGACCUCGUAGAGCUGUUCGUUUCAUUUUUGCACGAAGCACUAGUGCUGAACCUCGCGGCUUCCCAAUUAACCAAGAUUUUACGCACGAUAGCGUCCGAGUCGGCAACCUUUCGUGAUCUCCUAAAACUGCCUCUUGCACUUGCACUCCUCCGCACCUCCCAGCGGGCGGAUGGGUCCGCAUCAGACGUCACCUCUUCGCUGUAUCUCGCGCAAUCCAUUCUUUUGGCCUGCCCGAAUCACCUCGUCCUAGCGAAUCAGGUGUCAACAGAGAUUAGUCAUCUCAUUCAGCGGCUUACAUCAACGACGUACAUCUGCGAUGGCGACCUACCUGUAGCGUUGGUCGACCUGCUCGAUUGGUUCACCGGGACAGACAACCCAACGCUCGUGGGCUUCACCGCCGAAUCCUUCGCUGAGCUGUCUGAACAACUCAAGCCCGGGAUCGACGAAGAAAAGCAAAGGAUUUUGACCCGCGUUCGCGAUCGCCUCCGCUUCACCGAGGACCUGCCAGAAAUACCCGAUGCAAGGCUCCUUCCCGCUGCCAUUAAGCUCAGUAUCAAUGAAAUCGAAGACUUACUCGCACCCAAAAGUCCCGUCCCUUCUACCCCGCCUCACAGAGCUCUGAAGCAAGAUGUCCUCAGUCUCGUUACUAUCUCCCCUCCGACGGCGCUCAUUCGUUCGUCCACGACCGGGCUCACGAAGACAUACUCUAACAAUGACUUCCGGCAACUGCGGCAGGCGCCCUCUGCGCGCCAGAACACAAGCAGGCUACCCAGCAUGCAUGUGGAUGUAGGUAGCACCUCUUGAACACGACACACUGCGCUCCCCGGAGCAUAUUAAUAUCUUCUUGUUUU